AGGUGCACAUCUCGAGGUUGCAGUAAAUUGUGGAGUGUAGCCCUAUGUACAGAGUCAUGCGAUAAGGUGUCCGGCUAAGCAGCCUUAGAUCUCACGGAGACGACGCACGAACCAUCAUUUUAACCUCAUCAUACUCAGGGCACAAUGACAACUACAGUGGAUAACAUUCAGUACUUUUUGAAGGUUACUGUCAGACUACAGACUUUCCCUCUGUUCUGUUUUUACCUGCUGCUGGUGGCCUUAUCACCUCUAUGGCAAAGGAUCUCCUCGCCGCUCAACCUCAGACCAGUAUUAAUAGUGUACAAUUUUGCAUGCAGUUGUGUCAGUGCAUACACACUGGUCGGUUUUGUCUAUGCAAUUUACAAAAGUGGCUCCACAUUUCACCGUGAGUCCACCUCGGCCAUCUUGCCAUUCUUUUGGGCUUAUUGGAUGACAAAAAAUUUGGAACUGUUGGACACUGUCUUCAUGGUACUCCGUCACAAACAGCGACAGAUCUCAUUUCUCCAUGUUUACCACCAUUCCUCCAUCUUACUUCUGAGUGAUGUAGCAUAUCAUCAUUACCCAUGGCCUGCCAUCGCUGUGUUUUUGGGAUUAAACUCCUUCGUUCAUGUUGUUCUUUAUUUCUAUUAUGGGUUAACAGCCUUGUCCCCAGGAAAUCCUCCUCAGUGGAAGAAAAACCUGACGCAGUUACAAAUAUUCCAGUUUUUGAUUGGCUUUGUACAAGCCAGCAUUGGUUAUGCAUAUCACCAUUUCUGUGUAUAUAGCAUUCUGUAUGGUAUGACCAUGACUUGUCUGUUUUCUAACUUUUAUUACCAGGCAUACAUUAGAAAGCCCAAGACUCAAGUGAAUGACAAAAUAAAGUAGAGGUGUAGUCUUUGGCAAAUGUGUACCAGAUGAGAAGCUUGUACCAUAAAUAUCAAAAAUUACAUUUAAAUCUGUUUAAAUUUGUUGUGGACAAAGUUCAACAUUAGAAAAGCAGUAGUAAGACUUAAAUAUUGUUCUUACACCAACAGGUGAAAACCUGUU